GCUCCUCCUGGAAAGGUGGAAGAGGUGGUGAAGUAUGCCAUUGAUGCAGGCUACCGCCACUUUGACUGCGCCUACUUCUACCAGAAUGAAAAUGAAAUCGGGAAUGCAGUCCAGCAGAAGAUCAAGGAGGGGGCUGUGAAACGGGAAGACCUCUUCAUUGUCACCAAGUUGUGGAACACAUUUCACGAGAAGUCCUUGGUUAAGGUUGCGUGCAAGAAGAGCCUCACUGCACUGCAACUGGACUACCUUGACCUCUACCUGAUGCACUUCCCUAUGGGAUUCAAGGCUGGUGAAGAACUGCACCCUGUGGAUGACAAGGGUAUGAGUAUCCCCAGCGAUACAGAUUUUCUGGACACAUGGGAGGCUAUGGAAGAGCUGGUGGACUGUGGUCUGGUGAAAGCCAUUGGUGUCUCCAACUUUAACCAUGAGCAAAUUGAAAGAAUCUUGAACAAACCUGGACUGAAAUACAAGCCAGUAAAUGUCCAGAUCGAAUGUCACCCGUACCUUACUCAGGAGAAGUUGAUCAAGUAUUGCCAGUCCAAAGGGAUUGUUGUGACUGCAUACAGCCCCCUUGGCUCUCCUAACCGCCCGUGGGCCAAACCAGGGGAUCCUUUGCUUCUGGAUGAGCCCAAGAUUAAAGAGAUUGCAGCCAGACAUCAUAAAACCCCUGCCCAGGUUCUGAUCCGGUUUCUUAUCCAAAGAAACGUGAAUGUCAUUCCCAAGUCUGACAAACCACAGCGUGUUCAGGAAAACAUCAAGGUGUUUGACUUCGAACUGUCUAAAAAGGAGAUGGACACCAUCCUCAGCUUUAACAGAAACUGGAGAGCAGUUCCUGUGACUCAAGCUGUGAAUCACAAGGACUACCCAUUCAAAGCAGAAUACUAA